AUGACAACAUCAGCAAUAGAUCGUUUCGAUUUCUUUACUAUUGCCUUCGAUAUUUUAAUAUCAAUAGUUGGCAGUAUUAUUGUUAAUCGGCUUAUACCAAUUUUGAAAGAAAAAUUUAUUAAAGCACAAUUGUGGGGAAAUGAUUUAAAUAAACGAAAUUCAAAAGAAGUCAAAAUUGCAGAAUCCCAAGGUGUUCUAGCGGCAGGCAUCUUUCUUGUACUUAUGUUCAUUAUGAUUGCUGUAGUCUUUUCUGAACAUUUACAUCCUGCAAGUGUCUUUCCACAUAAGAAAUUUGUCGAGUAUUUAGCUGCUUUACUCUCAAUCUGUUGUAUGGUUCUACUUGGUUUUGCCGAUGAUGUACUCGAUCUACGUUGGAGUGUCAAAUUAUUACUCCCAUUGAUUGCAUCACUACCACUUUUACUUGUUUAUUUUGCUAAUUACCAUUCGACAACUAUUAUUUUACCUAAACCUGUGAGGCCCUACCUAGGCCAACAAUGGAAUCUCGGCAUUCUCUAUUAUGUUUAUAUGAGUAUGGUCGCUGUAUUUUGUACAAAUGCAAUUAAUAUUUUAGCUGGUGUAAAUGGACUUGAAGUGGGUCAAUCUAUUAUUAUUGCAAUAUCUAUACUUAUUUUCAAUCUAAUCGAAUUACAAGGUGUCUGUUGGGAAGAACAUCUUUUUUCGCUUUAUUUUAUGAUUCCAUUUGUUGCUUGCACAUUUCCAAUUUUGAUCAAAAAUUGGUAUCCAGCGGAAAUAUUUGUUGGUGAUACACUCUGUUAUUUUGCCGGAAUGACAUUUGCCGUGGUGGGCAUCAUCGGUCAUUUCAGCAAAACUAUGCUUCUAUUUUUUAUACCUCAAAUUAUUAAUUUUCUUCUUUCGGUGCCACAAUUAUUUCAUUUUAUACCUUGCCCACGACAUCGUUUACCCAGGUUAGAUCCCGAAUUGAAUAAACUUAACCCAUCAGAAGUUGAAUUUAAAAAAAGCGAUUUAAAACUACUUGGCUGGUUGAUGUUACGCUUUUUUUCUAUGACGAAAUUUAUUCGAUAUCGAGAAUAUACCAAUAAUGAUGGUGAACGUCUUAUAUCAACAACUAAUUUUACGAUUAUCAAUACAGUUCUGUGUUGGUUUGGUCCAUUACAUGAAGAAACACUCAGUCGAAUACUUAUGCUUAUACAAAUUGUAUUUGGCAGUUUAUUAACAUUCUUUAUUCGUUAUUAUUUGGUGAAAUUUUUUUAUGAUUCAUAA